CACAGAACUUACUACGACUAACUACGAGGCCUACAGUACUACUGGAUCUAGAUUCUACUAACUAUUGGUUUAGUUAACAUACUUUGCUAUGAAUAGUUAUGAACCACAUGAUGACUAUCCAGCUAUUGUUAUUGACAAUGGAUCCAGCACCUGUAGAGUUGGAUUAGCUGGAAGUGAUGCACCUCUUUCUGUAUUUCCUAGCCUGAUUGGCAAAAGAAAGCAGAAAUUAGGUGUGGACAGACAUUAUGUUGGAGAUGAAGCCCAGGACAAAAGAGAACUUUUAAAUCUCAGUUACCCACAGGAACAUGGUAUCAUAGUCAACUGGGAGGACAUGCAGAGGGUCUGGGAUCAUGCCUUCUUCACAGAGCUCAGAGUCUCACCUGAACAACAACCUAUUCUUAUCAGCGAGUCGCCAUUAAAUCCUAAGGGCAAUAGAGAAAAGAUGGCACAGGUCAUGUUUGAGGUUUACAACACCCCAGCAUUCCACAUAGCUUUUGAGCCAUUGCUGAGUCUCUAUUCAGCUGGUCGAGUCACUGGCACCAUUGUGAGCUCUGGCGACGGCGUCACUUUUACUGCCCCUAUUUUCGAAGGUUCAGCCCCACAUCAUUGCAUACUGCGUUCUGACUUUGCUGGCCGCGAUUUGACUCUUUACCUACAACACCUGCUGUAUAAAAAAGGUUACUCUUUUACAACUUCGUCAGAGCUGGAGACAGUGAAAGAUAUUAAAGAGGAAGCGUGUUAUAUUUUAAAUAAAAGCAGCACUAAAUCCUUAUCCUCUUUAAAACCAAAGACUUUCAAGCUGCCUGACGGUACACCAAUUCAGUUGGACCAGGAACAGUAUAUGUGCCCAGAAAUUUUAUUUAAACCAGAUAAAGUGUUUAACACUGGAGAAGGUCUACCUACUAUGGUUUAUAACUGUAUAAGCAGCUGUGAUAUCCAUAUGAGAAAAGAAUUGUAUAGCUUUGUUGUUUUAACCGGGGGUACAACUUUUAUCCCUGGAUUUUCUGAGAGAUUACAGAGAGAGCUGCAAGCUGUGACUCCGACAGCACUGACUUCAGUGCGAGUGGUGGCCAUGCCCGAGAGAAAGUACCAUGUGUGGAUAGGGGGAUCCCUGCAAGCCUCUUUGACUACUUUUAACCAGAUGUGGAUUACUAGAAAGGAAUACAAUGAGUACGGUCCCAACAUUGUACACAGAAGAUGUUCAUGAAACUUUUAGAGAACUAAAAAUGUGUUAGGAAAGCUUUCAUGUAAUGUUUAUUGUCUUACUGAAUAGCAUUGUCAUC